CAAUGUCAGUCCAAUGGAUUCUCAUUGGACAUUCUUGUGGGUGAAAGUUAUUGUAGAAAGUUCAGGGAAAGUUUUCACAAUUUUCUCGCAUUUAUUUGUUAAUUUUCUAGAAUUAAUUGCCCUUAAUUGCCUAGAAGAGUGUUCUGAGAAAACUCCUGCUGUAAAUGUCUCAGGGGCAGAGAACAGAGUCAAUAUUUAUGAAGAAUCCGGGAAAUAUAGUGUCAACAUAACCUCAACUAUGGUGUAAAAAAUACAAGCAAUUUUCCACAAAAUCGCUGGAAAAUUAAUGAUUGUUAUUGCAUAACGAGGAUUGUGUAAAUUGUAAAGGAAGAAAAUAAUGGAGUAAAUAUGCCAGACUACCAGAUUAUACCAUUUAAAAUUACCACCCAGAGGGUGGUUAUUGUUUCCGUAACAGCGGGAAUUGCUCUUUUAGGCAUUUUAGCCAGAUACCUACGGAGACGCCGUACUGUACGUCCACCACGUCGUGCAAGAAAACUCCCAGGAGGCAGAAGGACACGGAAUAGCAUGCGAAGUCCCAAUGAUGUCAUCUCAGUGGCAGGUUCAAAGGCAAGCGCACGGAGUGUUAGUCCAGGUGGGAGUAUGCUUGCCCUAUCAGAUCGUCUCUCCCUGGCUUCGGGUUCCUUGGGAGCGGGUGUUUUGGGUGCAGCAACCCCAUUGACAUCGCAGCAAUUGGGUGUCCUCGGUAUGGAAGCACUGGAGAAUGUUAUAACGCACUGGGAGGAUGCUUUAGCUACGCACUGCACAGCAGCAGGGAUAAUCAUUGCGGGUACAUCGGAAGAAACGGAGUUUUGCUAUGAAAUUCAAAAUCUCCUUGAUGCUGCGUACACACUUCAGGAUCAGAGUGAAUUACUCUUUCUCGAUCAGCGAUCUGUGCUCUUUCGCGAGGAAAGUUACAUUCAGGAUGCAUCCAUUGAGGAUGCAGCAAAUGAACGUGCAAAACGCAGUGGAAGUGAUCCAAAUCUCGAUUCAGCUGAAAGCUUUGCCUCGGCACUCGAUCAAGUGGCGGAUUUGCGGGAAUUUGAGGAAUUUACGGAAGUCUUUGCCGCAAAUGCCGAUAAGUAUCCGCUGUAUCAGAGUGCCCUGCGUCACAUGGAGGACACCCCAAUACCCUGUCGCACAAUCCGUACGGAAUUAGUUAAUUGUUCCAAUGAUAUGGAAUACCUGGGGAAAUUGCAUUGCCUCCGAUUGGCCUUUCAGCUACUCUUUCGGGAUGAAGCAACAAAUCGCUGGGUAGCUGAUACAGGAAGACAAAUCCUCACGGAUCUCAUGUGUUUGGGUGAUAAGGACCCGAAGGAUUUUCUCGUUGGCUACGAAGAGAUGAUGACCUUCCUGCAGGAUGACACCAAUUGGCCGGCAAUUGAGCGUGAGCUCGAAGCACGAAAUGUCAAAGCAAUGACCUUCUUUGAUGUUGUCUUGGAUUUUAUCAUUUUGGACGCCUUCAAGGAUCUCGAUUCACCACCUGGGAGUGUCAUUGCUGUGGUACAGAAUCGCUUCCUCUCGAAUGGCUUCAAAGAGACCGCCCUGACGACGGCAGUGUGGUCAGUGCUGAAGGCUAAAAGGCGCCUCCUCAAAUACCCAAAUGGCUUCAUGGCUCACUUUUAUCUUAUUUCUGAACAAAUAAGCCCCCUUAUGGCGUGGGGCUUCUUCGGCCCCGAUGACAAUUUACGUGAGGUCUGCCAGUAUUUCCGGGAGGAAACAAUUGGCUUCCUCAAGGAUAUCUUCAGCUUCCAAAAGUGCCGAUUUACAACAGUCGAAGAACUCUCGGAGGAUAUUUUGAAGCACAUGCGACAACGUGUGGAGAAUAUUGGAGUGAAAUUUAGUAAUUAGUCGCCCCCUGUGUGUGGUUGGAGCAUAGAGAGAAUCCCAAAUCCUCCACCCACACACUUAGUUACCACAUCAGAGGGCAGUUAAGGUGAAUUGGAUUGUGUUCUGGAAAAUUGGGUGGGCCCCUUUUUUAUCAUUAAAUGACAUUAAAUCAGGUAAGAAAA